UGGAAAUGUGUGUGUGAUUUGGAUCUAAACAACCAACCAAACCAUCUCAGCAAUGUCUGUGCAUUGUCUCUUUGCCUUCCACCACUCUCCAACUCUCAUGGUUAUAGACUUACAGUAAGAUUUCAACGUCUGUCUCCUGCAGAAGGUGAUGCACGAGUGAGCUGUUUGACAUCAUUUUCAAGGCACUAGGAAUAUGACUCUCCAUUAUUCAAUGAUGCUGCAGGAGCAGCAGUAUGCAUGGAUCUUGCCUACCUUGAUGAUGGAGGCUAAUGAGUUGGAUUACUUGGUAGGCAAGGGACAUUUCACAGACACAAUGCUACUGAGGUGGAUGGAUUUGUGUUUGCACAUGGAAGAAAUUUGAUGCUUUGAUUCCUCUUGUCUCUCUGCUGUCCUUCCCCCACCUUCCUCUUUUCUCUCAUCUUCUAUAUAAACUUGCCCUAGGUGCCAAAGAAGGCAUUGCAAAUCAUCUCCAGCCACAUCUCUCUCAAGUCUUCCAUUCCUUCUCUCAUAUUCACCAAGAUAACAAAAAAUGGCAGCUAUUUCUUUCCAUGCCCGCUCCAACAGUUUGCCUACACAAUCACACCCUCUAAUCUCAGAAAUCGAAGAGCAGGUUUGUAGGUUGAGACAAUCUCAAGCUGCUUCAACAUCGUCAUCAUCCAUAGGCCACAACCUUGAUAGCCUUCAGGUUGUGUAUGAUUGUGUUGACCAGUUGUUCCAACUGCCAACAACCCAACAAGCCUUGAUCAAUGACCAGAAGUGCUUCAAUGAGUUGUUGGAUGGAUCUUUGAGGCUUUUGGACUUGUGCAAUACCGCCAAAGAUGCCUUGUCUGAGAUGAAAGAGUCUGUGGCUGAACUUCAAUCCGCUAUUCGCAGAAGGCAAGGUGGUUUGGAAGGUGAAACCAGAAGAUACUUGAAAUCUAGGAAGACUGUGAUGAAAGCCAUCCAAAAGGUCUUGAAGGGUAUGGAUAGCAAGAAGUCCACCUCAUCAAGCAACGUUGAGACGAUCUCUACAUUGAAGGGAGUUGAAUCUGCUGUUGUUGAUGUUUUGGAGUGCUUGCUGUCAUUCAUUUCUCAAUCAACCUCGAAGCCAACCAGCUGGUCAUUUGUCUCCAAGCUGAAAAGGGUUGCAGCAGCUUCCAGUGAGAAUGAAUUUACCGAUGUGGAUGCCUCUUUGAAGGCAGCCAGAUCUAGCGAGGAGAUUCAACUUCAUCUGAAGAAUCUGCAGCCAUGCAUUCAAGAUCUCGAGGAAGGAGUUGAGUGCCUCUUCAGGCGUUUGAUCAAAACAAGAGCCUCAAUUCUCAAUAUCCAAAAUCUGUAGUUACAUCCUCAAAACAGUACUUGUACAAGUUGUAUAGAAAAUUUUGACACUCAAAUCUAUAAAUAUACAAGGUCCCCAAGUUCCUGGAAAUUCAUGUCCUUUUCGAUUCAUUGCUCUAUCUACCAACCUGCACUUUCUGUCCAUUUUAAUUACCAUAAGCUUGUAGGAGAAGAAUAACAGUGAAAGCAGCUUCUGGGAUCAUUUCAGAUUGGUAAAGUAAAUAAGCUUCUGGGAUCAUAAUCACAUGAAAGACUGACCAAACCAGAUUAAUUAAUGCAGAAAUGAGUAAUCAUCACACGUUUAAAUGCAAUAAUGAACACGUUCAGAAACCUUAUCAGGUGGAUCUUGCCUUCCAUUGGUACAACAAUCACGCUAAUCUAUGCAGGUUGGUAUGAAUCUUUAAUCAUAUACAGUAAUCUAAAACCUAUAUGUCAGAGGGAGGAGACAAAAGGAAUCAAGUUUUACAAUGUACAAUAUAUCAGUGAAUGAGGUGGAAAUAUGGCUGAGUUUUUUUUAUCUAAAAACAAAGCCAUCUGAACAUGUCCAUGCAACUAUCCAGAUCAUUACCUAUUCAGGUUUAAUCUUCCAAACACGUUUAAGGAAGCUCAGAUGUGAUGUUUGACUGGGUUGCUUGUCAUGACUUUCAAUGAAAGAGCUGCAUGGGUGCAUCUUCCGAUGCUCUUUUCCGUGUUGAUUCAUUUGGUCGUCAUUUCUAACCGUCGAUUAAUAGGGUUGUAGGCACGAAUUCGUAUUAGGAACGCAUGGAGUUAUCGGUCUUCAUUCUCCUUUGUAGAGGGUACAACAUGGGAUGUAACUUUCAUGUAAGGCAAGUCCAAGGGCAAAAGACCAAGUGUUUUUAACUUCCUCUUUAAAUCCAAAUCAAUGUAUCUUUGCUUA